GCGCGCCUCCGCCGUCCGCCGGAGCCACCGCGAAUUCCGGCCACUCGCCGCCGUCUCCGACCAACGUUCGCCGGAGCCGCCGUGACCGACCACCGUCCGUUCGCCGCCGAGAAGCUGCCGCCGCGUCGCCGCCUCGCCGCCGUUGAUUUUUCCGAUUUGGAGUCCAUUUGAGCAGCUGGAGUUCAUAGAUACCACCUCUUAUUGUUGCUAAGAUGCCGCCAAGGAGAAGAACCACCCGUGCCCAGACCGCCAGAGCCGUUAGAGACAAUGUAGAUGAGCAUGAGCAGCCCGCAGUUCCACCACCCGCGGCUCCACCAGUUGAUCAGGAUGCAUUGAGACAGAUGGUUCAGGAUGCCGCUAGACAGGCCGCUCAGGAAGCACUUCAGCAGAUUGCCCAGGAGGCAGCCAGACAGGCCGCUCAGGAGGCCGCCCGAGUAGCUGCUCAGGAGGUUGCUCGUCAGAUGGCUGCCGUUCAGCAGGGACCGCAGAUUCAGGUUCAGCAAGUUCCACUGGUUCAGGUCCAACAAGAUCAGCAGAUUCCAGCUCAGCAUGAUCAUCAGGAUCCCGUUCAGCAGGUUCCCCUUCCACAGGUUCCUCUGCAGCAGGGUCCAGUUCAGCAGUUUGCUCAUGGUGUUCAGGAUCUACCGCCACCACCACCGCGACCUCAUGUUUACCCGGUUUAUAAUGAGAGGUUCUACAGGCUGACAUGUCAGAUGAGAAACAUGGAGAUGGAGCAUUUUAGCGGGACAGUGGAUGCUGUAGCUGCACACGAUUGGAAGUUAGCCUUGCAGCGGAAGCUGGAGAUUAUUGAGUGUCCACCAGAGUUGUCGCUCAGAUUGACUAUGCAGUACCUUCGUGGAGAUGCUCUUAUAUGGUGGGAGGGAAUACGAUUGAGCCAUUUUGGGCCAGAGAGACUUACCUUCGCUGAUUUCAUUCGAGAGUUCGAUAGGAAAUACUUUCCGAAGGAAGCGAUGGAUAGGAAGAAGUGCGAGUUCGAGCAUGUAAGCCAGGGAGUGAUGUCUAUCAGGGAGUAUGAGGUUGUGUUCAACCAACUUCGCAGAUUUGCAGGAGUGGGCAUUUCAGAAGAAGACUUGAUUAGAAAGUUUUUGAGUGGGAUGCGAGUGGAGAUUCGUAACAGGUGUCGCGUAGUCACUUACCACCGGUUGGGAGAUUUGGUGGAGAAAGCUGCAGAGCAGGAGGCAGGCUUGGCGGAGGAGCAGGAACUCGCCAAAGCAGUUCAUGUUAAGUCUGGAAAAGCUCCAGAGUCUCAAAGGAGAGCAGGGGACCCGUCGGGAUUACCGAUAUGUCCUCGUUGCCAUCGCAGUCACAGUGGGCAGUGUAUGAGGUGUCUUACUUGCGGUAGGAUUGGACACAUUGCGAAGUUUUGUCGGGCUAGGCCAUUGGAUAUGCCACCAGUCAGACAGAUUGCAGCACCAGCAGCGGCACAUGUUUGCUUUGGUUGUGGUCAGCCAGGUCACUUCAUUAGAGAUUGCCCGAGGAAGGGCAAUGCGGCACUUCCACCACCACCGAAGCGUCUAGCCAUCGCUCCACGUGUGUUUGCGGUUGGAGAUCCUCAGGGAGCUGAGCCGAUAGCAGGUAUGAGUCUUUUCCAUACUUGUUUGUGUUUGGGUAUUUUGGCUCGUGGUUGUCAUGUGUAGUUAGUAAAAAUCUCGUGUAGGAUCGGUUUUAGUUGGAGGAGAGUCAGCUUAUACCUUAUUCGACACGGGAGCCUCUCAUAGUUUUGUGAGUCCGCGCUUAGUCCAGUCUUGGUCUUUUCGGGGAGUCUUUGAACCGAAGGCUAAGCAGAUCCAGACUGCCGGCACGGAGAAGUUGGGUGCAGUUGGCAUUCAUCACGAUGUACCAGUUCUACUUGGAGGAGUCGAGUUGCUCGGAGAUUUGACGGAGAUGGAGAUGAGCUCCUACGAUGUUAUACUUGGGAUGGAUUGGCUGUCGCGACAUCGAGUAGUCUUGGAUUGUCCGAAGGCAAGAGUUAAUAUCCCUAGA